AUGCCCCAAAGAUUCAACUACCAUGUUCUAUCGGAUUUCAUCCAUCGAGAUGACUUGCUGAUUGGCCACAUUAUCACUGGCACACAGGACAUGUCCAUCAUCAAUCCUGGCGAAAUCCUCGAUUAUGAUAAGAAUCGCACCAGAGCCUUCAACUACGACGACGCUACCCUCGAUGAGAAAGAGGCAAGCUCUUGCAAUGCUUCUUUUCUUACCGACGUGGUUUCGGGUGUCAUCAAUGGUCGUUUCCAGAUGGAAAAGAGCAAGGGCUUCUCCAAGAAUUUUGCCAUCCCCCAACUUUGUGGGCAGCGUGUCGAGUUUUUGAGAGAAGACUACCUGAAAGCCGUCGACUGCUCCCCAGCGGUGCAGAAGCACCUAGACACGUUUGGCGGUCGCGUUUACAUGGUCACUGCCGUGCUGCUGUGCGACGAGUUCUCCGUCACCAUCCGUCAAGACACAAUGGCGAAGGGUAGAGGGGGUGUAGCAGUUGACUGUGGUCCAGCCAGGAUCGGAGCAGGCAUGCAGGGGGCAGGCGGAGGUGGUUCAGGUCAGCAAGCGACCGUGAAGGGAGACCAUGUUUUUGCCGUCAAGUUGACGAAGCUGCGUUACACCAAGAAAUUCAACAUCCUUGGGGAGAAGCAACUCGAGGCUAAAAAAUAUACCCACCGAGCAGCGCUUGUGGGUAAGAGUAAGAGUAAGAGCAAUGCUAGGAAUGAUCCAGACAAGGACUAUACAUUUGAGGUUGACAUCGAAAGCGAGUCGGAGGAAGCGGGUGUUGGAGAGGAAUAUACAGGAGGCGGGCACGUUGUGAGCUGGAUCGUCCCCAUGACAUUGCUUUAA